UUGGCGGCGCGCCGCCGGCGCCCUUCGCCCUGCCUCGUCUUGCCCAAGGCCGCGCGCCGGCGAGCCCCCCAGCGGCCAGCCGUCCCGUCUCCCCGCCGUAUCGACGCGACUCCCCUCGCCGCUCUCUGCUCGACGAGAGAGUACACCGCCGCCCGCGUCCGGCUCGGUGGCUCCUCACCUCCGCGCGCGGUCACUGGCCGAGGGUGCUCGUCUGCUCUGCUCCCCGAGGUCUCCGUGGACCCCGGCUCUCCGAGGAGGCGGCGCCGGCGGUGAGGAUCUCGACAGCCCAAUCGGGAGUCCCAGCUAGGGGCUGCAAGAGGCCGGCGUCUCCUACCGUCCUACCUCCCCACCUAGCUGUACUCGAUGGUAGGGCAAUGUCUUUGUGACUUGGUGAUCAGUAGAGAAUUCAAGGCUUCGACUUGGCUGCAAAAUAUGGAUCUAUCUCCAUUCAAGCUGGAUAUCGAUGAGCUACUAGCUGAUUAUUCUGAGGCAAAUUACACAGCAUUUGCUGAUUUCAAGAGAUUGUGGAUUGCAAAGAAAUUUUCUUAUAUCUAUGAAGGUGGGCCUAAGACAAACUCUGGCGCUUUCAUGCAGUCCCUCUUUUUGCAUUGUAUUGGUCAUAUGACUUCUCAGAGUUGCCUGCCUCAAAGAUUGGCUGGCCUUUACUGCCUUUACUGUCUUUACGAAUCCCAACCAUACAAACCACAUUUCAAGAUUUAUUUGUCUCUCGAGGAGUUAAAGAAACUCAAAGAUUUCAUUGUUGAGGCUAAGCAAAACGGGAUGGAUGUUGUACCAGCACUCGUCAAAAGAAUGCUGGACAAAGGCAUGAUUUUGUUUGGGUUCAUCAAUUUACUUGGUGACACAGGGGCGAAACAGGUCAAUGAAUUAACUGCAUCUCAGAAUAAAAGAGUGAAAUUUGCAUGUGACAAGUUAUUUAUGAAUACUCAAAUAGAGAGUUAUAUGCACAUGGAUCUGGGUUUGGAGCUUGAACUUGAUAAGAUCAAGAAAUCAUCAAUGGACUAUGCCAAAGCCAAGGAAUUGGCAUUUACAGAGGCAAGCCAAAUUAUUGAUGUUGAAGAUGCUCAGCACAUUGUGCAAAAUGAGAAACUGUUGGGUGAUAGGGUAGAGGAAGUUGUCAAGGAAUGGGAUGCACAGAAGGAAACCUUCUAUGAGAAGACGGGAAUACGUCACAAUGAACUGGCUGUAUUUGAUCACGAUGAAUCAGCUGAACUCCCUCAUGAAACCGAUGACUUCGAGGAGAUAAGACAGCUGUUGCUAGAGUGAAGUGCUGAUGAGCAUCCUCAUAUACUCUGAAUAGCUGAAGAAACACUCCUGGCCCAGCACCCAAGCCAUAUCAUGAGAUGCAACCAUUCAUUAGCUUACUAGAUUAUCUUGGCCAUUCCCAUGUACUCCUCUGUCCAACAAUAUAAAGUAUUUUUAGGUUGUUUAGAAGAUAUUCUCUGAGUUUUCUCUCUUUUUUUUGCACUCAUGCUCUUUUGCAGUGUUUUCCUCCGCUGCUGUAAGUUGCAAACAAAAUCUUGUACAUAGUGAUAUGUUGCAUAGCAUACACAGAAGGCUCGUUUAGAGCGCAUGAAUUUCGUAAGAAAUUUGCAGAAAUUCCAGAACAAAAUAAACAGCUCAAAUUUCUGUGUUUUCAAACAGA